UCUAAGCAGAAGGACAGGACGCAAUGCAGCGCUGCUAAGCAGACCAGUAUGAAGAGGCAGUUAUGAGUAUUUACUUUGAAUUUUGCAAGUAUAAGCAUUUGCCUAUUUUUAUUCAUACGGGCCAUUGUUUACUUUCCAAGUUUACAAAAAUUUAUCAUAGAUGUCGCCAACUUUGUGAUUUCCGCAUGGAAAGUGCAAAAUUAAAAUAAAAAGGGUGGUUUGGUCAUAAGUAUGUAUAUGGGUUUGGUUCGUGUGGGUAUGCUGUGGUGUAUGAUUAUGAGUAAAAUUCAAAGUAAAAUUAAUGUCAUAUGGUUUUGUUGUUAUCUACAUGCAUGGGAGAUCAGAUUUUAGAAUGGCGGAGACCAGCGAUUACGAAUUUGCUUCAUUGCUUCAACAGCAGUUUAAUCAUGAAGUUGAGAUUGAGAAUCCUGGAAAAGGUCUGGUUUAUUCGGGACGAAAAGCAACACAAGAGGAUGAUAAAUCAUUAACAGACCCAUCUUGGGAAUUAAUUGACCCUACACCAAACAUUCAUCUGCUCUUUGUGGCUUUCAAUGGAAAAUAUUUUUGGAACAAACUAAUAACAGUUUGUGUUAGUUGGAGCAAACGUAUGACAUCGUGUGCAGGAAUUUGCAGUUAUCAAGGUUCGGGAGGAUUCUGCCAUAUUACGUUAAGUGAGCCUUUAUUAAAGUUACGACCACGGAAAGAUUUAAUUGAAACACUUUUACACGAAAUGAUUCACGCUUACUUAUUUGUCACUCAUAAUAACAAAGAUCACGACAGUCACGGUCCUCAAUUUCAAAAACAUAUGCACCGCAUUAAUACUGAAGCAGGUACUAACAUAACUGUUUACCAUAGCUUUCAUGACGAAGUAAAUCUCUACAAGCAACACUGGUGGAAAUGCACAGGACCCUGCCAAUAUAGAAAGCCAUAUUUUGGAAUGGUCCGUCGUGCUAUGAAUAGAGCACCUGGGCCAAAUGACAAUUGGUGGGAUGAGCAUAAAAGUAGUUGUAACGGCACCUUUGUUAAAAUAAAAGAGCCAGAAAAACGUCCAAAGAAGUUGACUAAGGAAAAUAAUAUACAACAAAAUGACAUUCGAAAUCAUUUUCCAGUAGAUACUCAAGCAGGUAAAGGUUAUAAGAGACCAAGAGAAGAGGAACUUUCAGAGACUGACUCUAAACCAACUAUAUCAAAAUCUGAAGUUGUAGAAUGUAUAGAUUUAACAUCUCAGUCUUCUUCAGACUACUCUAUUGUUCGAAACAGUUGGUUACAAAGAUUUCCCUUAUCGUGCAAUAGCAAAAGAAGUGCAUUAGAAAGUUUAGAAAAUAUUGACGAAAGAAGACAAAAGAAAACUGAUGAACUAAAAAGCUCAAUUGAAUCGGAACAGAAGGUGAAAUGCCCAAUUUGCAAUAACGGCGUAUUGCCACAUGAAAUUAACUCUCACGUAGAUGUAUGUUUAAAUUUAAAUGCCAUAACGGAUGACUUUGAAAUUGGUAUCAAUAAAACUCAGGCGAAGGCUUAUUAUGAAAAGACUUACGAUUGUCCUCUUUGCUUUAAACAGUUCCCUUUUGAAGACAUAAGCAGUCACAUAAACGCAUGUUGUGGAGAGGAGACCAGAGUUACAAACAACUCAUUAAAUGAUAUGUUUAGCGAUCCAUUUUGAUUUAUGUAACACCUGCAGUUGUAGGCACUCCAUAAUAAUACACUCAGUCCGAGUAAUAAAACUCAAUUUUGUCAAUCCCAUUUUCAAAUAUAUGGAAACUGACGCUUCACAGUCUCUACUUCUUCAAUUAUCACAUAUUUAGGAUUCUAAAGAUUUUCAAUGUAUUGAAUGACAUCGAUUAAAUGAAGUUUUUUUUAAUAUGAAA